UAGGGAAAUUCACACCCAUUUCUCUCUGAAUCAAAAAAGUAAAUUCUAUGAGUUCCAACCAGCCAGGACUUUUCCCUGGCCAGACAGCCACCCAUGAGGAAAUUUCAGAGCAAGGACACACAGCAUGCAGCCCUUAUGUAGGAAUGCAAAGUUGGGCCUCCUUUCUUUCCUGAUUUGUGCAAGAAGGCACUUAUUAUAUCUGGGGACAGAUGCCUUUUGGUGAGAAAAAACUGAAAAUAAAUAAAACCCUCUGGAAAAAGGUUCAAAGUUGGAAAAUGAGAUACAAGAGUUCCUUGGUGAUGAGGAAACGAUUAAGGCUUUACCGAAACACCCUGAAAGAGUCAAGUAGCAGCUCCGGACACCAUGGGCCCCAUCUUGCUGCCGCCUCCUGCCCCUCGGUGUUCCCGAGGCUCCACGAGCAGCCCCCCCAGGCCGCCCCCAGCAGCACUUUGAACGGACUCCUGCGUCUGGGGCUCCCUGGAGACAUGUACGCGAGAUCCGAAUCCUUCACGCCGGGACCAGUGGCCCGCAGCGACGCCCUGGCAACUGCCGCGGCCCUGCAGGGCUAUGCGGGCGUGAACCUGACGGUGAAUCUCGCCGCGCCCCACGGUCCCGGCGCCUUCUUCCGAUACAUGCGCCAGUCCAUCAAACAGGAGCUCAUCUGCAAGUGGCUGGCGGCCGAUGGCCCCGCAGCCCCGCACCUCUGCUCCAAAACUUUCAGCACCAUGCACGAGCUGGUCACGCACGUCACCGUGGAGCACGUCGGCGGCCCAGAGCAGGCCAACCACAUCUGCUUCUGGGAGGAGUGUCCGCGCCAGGGCAAGCCCUUUAAAGCCAAAUACAAACUUGUAAAUCACAUCCGCGUGCACACGGGCGAGAAGCCCUUCCCCUGUCCUUUCCCGGGGUGUGGGAAGGUCUUUGCUAGAUCAGAAAAUCUCAAAAUACACAAAAGAACUCACACAGGGGAGAAACCCUUCAGGUGCGAGUUCGAGGGCUGCGAGCGGCGCUUCGCCAACAGCAGCGACCGCAAGAAGCACUCGCACGUGCACACGAGCGACAAGCCAUACACGUGCAAAGUGCGCGGUUGCGACAAGUGCUACACGCACCCCAGUUCGCUGCGUAAGCACAUGAAGGUGCACGGGCGCUCGCCGCCGCCGCCGCCUAGUUCUGGCUACGACUCGGCCACGCCGUCUGCCCUCGUGUCACCCUCAUCGAACCUCGGCCGUGAGCCCCCGGUGGCCUCCUCGGCGGCGGUGGCGGUGCGUGGCACCGACCUGAGCGAAUGAUGUCCACCGCGUUGCUCGCAAGGUAAUCUCGCCCAGCGCAGCUGAGCGCCCGCAUCUCGCGCCUGCGACAUCAAAGGGCCCGCGCACAAAGCAAUGUUUCUUCGCCACGGUGCAUCUUCAUGGUAAGUUAGGAUUUCUAUGGCAAUGGGCAAGUCGCACGGAAAUCCUGAAAGGCAGAGCCUGGAGCCCGUCCAGGCUUUUCAUUAAGGACAUAAUAUUUACGUCUAACAGGCCUUUUUUCUUGUGUAUACAAGUAUAUAUUUUUGUUUGACGUGGACUAAAUCAUUUUCAUUUAAUUUCCGGUAAACAAAACCCACGCGAAUGGGCACUUGUUCCCGAUCAUAAUAAAAAUGGAUAAUAAUGUGAGGGAAGAAAAGGGCCGCUUGAAUCGCCGCUCAGCCCCCUUUGUUUCUGCUUUCUGCGGUGAUCAGAGGGCGCAUUUGGGUUUGAUGGCGAGUUUCUAAAGGCGAGGAAAUGGUUUGUAAGCGGGGAAAGAAAAGGAGAAAGGUCUAAUCAAGCUCGGUUGUUCAAAGAGUCGGGUUUUGGGGUUGAAAGUGUGAGUUUGACGGUGCAUCAGCAUGCCGCGUUAGGCUCGCCAUGGAAAUGCGCGCGGGGAGCGGCUGCUUCAAAGGCGGCACACUUCACUGCAGACACUCUAUUAAGAUACAUUUGUGCUGACCUUUGCUUUCACGCCAUUUAAUACUGUCACUGCGCUCCCUAGUAUAUACUUCCUCCUUAGGACCUGCCUCGCCUGGUUUAGGGGUUCACACUGCACUCUGAUGUGGGGCGGGAGUCGCUUUGGUGCCAGGACGUUUUCAGGAACGGGAGGAGCCGGACUCCGUGCAUCUUGACUGCGCCCCAAAAAGGCUCCAGGGUCAGGAGUAAUAACCUUAGGGCAAUCUCAGAAGCUUCACAAAUGAGCAUCCCAGCUCAGGUUUGUGCAACUCGCCUCUCUGCAUCUUGAACAGGGUGGAUGGGUGAAUUUCAAUGGGACUUGGGUGGUGUGUGAGCCACCCUGAAUUAGUCUGGGGAGUUCAGACGGCCUUUGGCACAUUUCUACUCUGGCCUCAACCACAGCCCAUUCUGCCCCUCUAUCCCAGAAGUCUCUUGCAGCCCCGACUCUUGCGCCCCACCCCCCCAGGGUUAGGUGUAUGAUACCCCUCAGACUUAGCCUGGCCCUGGG